AUGGCGAUCUCACAAAAAGCCCCAGACAACCAAAAGAGAAAGAUCAUCAUCUUCUCCGACUUCGACGGCACAAUCUUCCUCCAAGACACCGGCCACAUCCUCGUCGACCACCUCGGCUGCGGCGCCGCCUACCGCAACAAACUCGAAGAGCAAUUCAAAACCGGCGAGCGCUCCUUCCGCGACAUCUCCGACGACAUGUGGGGAUCACUCAGCAUCCCCUUCGGCGACGGCUUCGACAUAAUGGAAAAAAACCUCCAACUAGACCCCGGAUUCCGCGAAUUCCACCAAUACUGCGUCCGCGAAGGCUUCCCCUUCAACGUCAUCAGCGCAGGCCUGAAACCCGUCCUCCAGCGCACCCUGGACAUCUUCCUCGGCGAAGAGGCAUCGUCGAUCGAAAUCGUCGCAAACGAUCUAAAAGCUCCAGGCGGGAUCCCCUGGAAACCCGUUUGGAGGGAUAACACCGCGUCGGGCCACGACAAGGCGGAGAGCGUGAACCAGGCGCGCACAAAAGCGCAGGCCGAGUGCGAGCCGGACGAGAUCCCGUUGAUAGUAUUCAUCGGGGACGGGGUUUCCGACCUUGCGGCUGCGCGCGAAGCGGAUGUGCUCUUUGCGCGACGUGGGUUGCGGCUCGAGGAGCAUUGCAUUGAACAGGGGAUCCCGUAUACGCCGUUUGAUACAUUUGCCGAUGUGAAGAGGGAGGUUGAGGCGAUUAGUCGCGAGGAUCAGAAGAAGACGGGUGGUGUGGGUAAGCCGGUGCGAUAUAACCCGCGGGCGAAUAUGUGGAGGCGGAUUUCGAGUAAAGAGGCUGUUCCGACGCUUAUGGCGACUGCUACGCCUUCGCAGGAGGAGAAGAUGGCGCUUUGGCCGGAUUAUUUCUCUGAGCCGAGGCAGCCGCAGCCUCAGACUAUUCGGGAGGAAUGA